UGAUAAUCGCUUCAGAGAGACAGAGAGAGAGAGGGGGGGAGAGAGAGCAGUGAUAAAGAGAUUAAGAGAGGAAAACGAGACAAAGUCGUGUAAAUUUGAGCGAGUAAACGUUCCGAGAGUCACGCUAUCUUUGAAGAGCGAGAGAGAAGGAGAGCAAGAGAGAGAGGCGAUAACACCGUUUGUUCUUCUUGGACUCAGUUUGUGAGCGGCUGACGGGCAGUGCGGACGGAGAGACACAAUCAGUCCCUUAUCCGACGUUCAGAGGUGUUCAACCCUCUGUGGGAAACUGAAUGAGACGCUUCGCAGGGAAACUGGGAACGAAUCAGCAGCGAGAGAGCAAGAACAAGGAAGAUAUUAAGCUGCGCGAGGAAUAAAAAAAGAGGAGUGAGUGACACCUGCCCUCCAGCUCAGUGUGAAGGGCGCGGAGUGGAGGAGAGAGAGGAGGAGCAUGAAAAGAGGGAGAACACAAGUAAGAAUGAAGCCAACUGGAAAACAAGUUCUGCCUUACAGCAAACCUCGCUGAAAUUAGGAUAUCUUGCAAGUAGACACGAUGAUUACAAGAAAUCUGCUCCUAUUAGUCUCCCUGUGCCUGUGGGAGCGGCUUGUGGGGGCCUCGGCCAGUAAGGCUGUCCGAAGCAGAGCAGUGGGCAGUUUGCACAUGUUGAAACUAGGGAACAGCCGAGCGGUGGACCAAUGGGACGUGAGCGUGGAUGCAAAUGCGGUGCCUGUGGUGACUCUAAGAAACCUGAUUAGUCAUGAGCAGGCUGGCGAUACCGGAUCGGUUCAUCACUCCAAAAUGCAGCAGAAUCACGCAGGACCAUCUGCCGACAACAAGAACAGGCAAGUUUUCAAGCCUAAGCGUGAGGUUGACUCUGUCAACAAGAAAGAACUGCCCCCACACGUAAUAUCUAGCAACAAUGACGUAAACCAGGACGUGAGGAAAGUCAACAACACGAAGUUUCCCGCCAAAACAGAAAGGUCAGACAAAACACUGUCCAUCCAUCACAAGCCAGAGCUACAUUCCAAUAAAACCCGGUCCAAAUCGGGCUCUGGAUCCAGGAACAGAGCGGAUUCAGGCGCCCGUUCUUCGGCUAUGUCGGGAAAAGGAGCUGGCGCAGAGUCCAACCGAAAGCUCAACCUCACUGGCAGCUACGAGGUUUUGAAGCUGCUGUCGAAGGAGAACCUGGUCAGGAUCGUCAAUUCCCAAAUGCAGAGCGUUCCCAGUCUGAGCUUCCAGAGUAAGGGCAGCCGGAGCAGGAAGAGGGAUUUGAUUGACGUUAAUCGUGGACAGUUAGAGGCCCAGAAAGGCGCCAGACAAGAUGUGGCUGUCACUCAGCUCCACACAGGACUGGAUAAUCAGACCGCAUUUCCUUAUGUAAGCCCCGUCACCACUAGAGAUCUUUAUCGAGACCAGCGUGCUGACACUCGUAUUAAUCCUCUAAGUGGAGUCAAGUCGGCUCUAAGCAAAGGGCAGGACAAAGUGGGGAUGCAGGGUUCAAACAGCAGCGAUAACAAGAGCAAACACCUUGUCCACGUACUGUCAACACCUGGCAGCGAGCUAAGCCUCAGCCCCGACAAACAAGCAAUGAUCAGCCAAACAGAACCAGCAUUUACAUUGACAAAACGCCUCCCACUGCAUGUUUCCUCUGAGACAAAUGAUUCCCCCUCGUCUGUGCUGACAACGCAACCCCUGGGAGUAAGAGCAGCGAGCAGAGGAGCAGAUUCCCACGGAGACCCAUUAACGGAGUGGGUUCACGCCGCUCACACAGAACCCAGCACAGCUCAGUACUCAGCAGAUGAAGACAACAGGCUUGUCAACAGCAGUCAUGUCCUGAGGCUCCACCCGGCGCUCCAAUGGAGCCACGAUGCAAAACAGGCCGAGAUGCGAGCUGUGGAUGCAGAGGACGGGAAGGGCCUGGUGUUUGAGGAAGCAGAGGGUGAGGUGGAAGAAGACGGGCGUGAGCGUAUGGAGGGCAGAGGCUCCCGCUCCCGCAGCAGGAGGAGCUGGAUCUGGAACCAGUUCUUUGUGAUUGAAGAGUAUGCUGGACCAGAACCUGUGCUCAUCGGACGGCUCCACACUGACAUGGACAACAAUGACGGACGCACAAAAUAUGUCCUGAAAGGUGAUGGGGCGGGCUCAGUAUUUGUGAUAGAUGAGAAGACGGGUAACAUCCAUGUGACCAAGCCACUGGACCGCGAGGAGAAGGAUGAGUACCGACUCAUCGCCACAGCCACCGACCGGCAGACCAACAACGCCCUGGAGCCCUCAUCACAGUUCAUAAUUCGGGUGCAGGACAUCAACGACAACCCUCCGGUCUUUGAAGACGGCCCGUACAGUGCCACUGUGCCCGAGAUGGCCAAUAUAGGUACAUCUAUAAUCCAGGUGACAGCGACAGAUGCUGAUGACCCGACUUAUGGGAACAGCGCCAAGCUAGUCUACACACUGGUGCAGGGCCAGCAGUACUUCUCAGUGGAUCCACAGACAGGUAUUCUGCGCACCGCUAUACCUGACAUGGACCGGGAGACCCAGGACCAGUACCUGGUGGUGCUUCAGGCCAAAGACAUGGGGGGCCACCUGGGCGGCCUAUCAGGCACCACCACUGUCACCGUGAGGCUCUCUGACGUCAACGACAACCCUCCUCGCUUCACCCAGAGCACGUGGUCCUUCUCUGUGUCUGAGCUGGCCAUCCCUGGUGCUGAGAUCGGGCGAAUCUCGGCAUCGGACGCCGACCUCGGUGAGAACGCCAGGCUGGAGUACACGAUACUGGAGGGGGAGAGCGGGGAGACGUUCAACAUCACUGGAGUAAACCAGGAGGCAGUCAUCACGCUCAACAAGGCUGUAGACUACGAGAGCCGGAGCUCCUACUCAUUCUCCGUGGAGGUCCUCAACCCCAUAGUCGACCCGCGCUUCCUGCGCCGAGGCCCAUUCAAGGACCGGGCCUCCAUCAGAGUAGCGGUGCUGGAUGCGGACGAGCCACCGAGGUUCUCCCGCUCCCGAUAUCACAUGGACGUGUCAGAGAACUGUCCGCCAGCCUGCACCGUUGGCCGAGUCAGCGCCGUGGAUCCGGACACUGGCCUGACCAACAACAUCAAAUUCUCCAUUGAUCCUCAGUCAGAUCCUGAGACUCUGUUCCGUAUCACCCCAGACACCGGCCUUAUCACCACAGCCAUGGAACUGGACCGUGAGCGGGAGCACUGGCACAACAUUACUGUCAUUGCCACUCAGAGAGACAAUCACAGCCAGGUGUCCAGAGUUUUGGUUGCAGUCGAAACGUUGGACCUAAACGACAAUGCACCCGAGCUGGACAGGCAGUACACAACGGCUCUGUGCGACUCAACCUCUGUGGGGCAGGUGGUGCAGGUGUUGCGGGCGAUUGAUAGAGAUGAGGGAGGGAAUGACAGCACUGUGUAUUUUAGCAUCCCUCCGGAGUCCAGCGCCGCCCUCAACUUCAGCGUCAGGGACAGUGGAGGCCCCACAGCCAGCAUCGUGCUGCUGUCCCAGCUUCAGCCUCUGUCUCGCUCCCUGUCCUCCAUCCAGACGCUCUACGUGCCGCUCGUCCUGAGGGACGGGACAUCAGGCCUCACCAGCACCGGGACGGUCACCGUGUCUGUGUGUCCCUGCCUCAGAGGAGGGGCGCGGGCCGGGGACAAAGAGAAGGACAAGCCGACGGAGGGGGAGUGGGACUGGGGGAGAGAGGCUGUGUGUGUCCCUCAGCAGUCCACCCUGCCUUCGCCUGGACUCAGCACCGCCGCCCUGCUGGCCAUCCUUGCCUGCGUCGCCACGCUGCUCGCCGUGAGCGCCUUGUCAUUGUCACUGCGCCGUCAGAAGCGUAACUCCCUGUCGACGCUGGAGGAGGACGACGUACGCGAGAACAUCAUAACGUACGACGACGAGGGCGGGGGCGAAGCCGACACGGCCGCCUUUGACAUCGCUGCACUUCAGAGCGCGCCUCACAGCUCCCGCUCCCGAGGCUACCGCACACUGGACAGCAGGAAUAUACGUUACGCUCAUCGCAGCCAAGACAAAGGUCGCACUUACAGCUGGGCUCAGAAUCCUGGAGUGGACAUCAACUACUCUGGACCGGGAGGACCUCUCUACGGCCGUCUCUGCUACAGCAGUCACACACUCCCUGUUCUCCGCCGCACACCAGCUGGAGCGUUUGAGUCAGGCCUGGCAGAACUGGGGUAUCGCUUCCCUGAAGGCCAGCCAGACCACUCUCUGGUCAUCCAGAACCAGGGGGCCAUGGUGGGGCCCAUGGAGUCCGGGGCCGUGUACAUAGCUCCUAUAGACCUUAGCACCGGGAGCCGCGCAGGCAGCCGCGCAGGCAGCCGCGACGGAACGGCACCGCAGAGCGGGGUGAGCACCUCGGACGGGGGGACGCCAAGGACGAGUGGCAGCCAAGAGAGAGGGGGAGGCACAGGGACCGCCAGCAACUGCACCGAGGCCAGCAGCGAGGAGAAGGUGAACCACAGUCAAGAUGGGGAUUGGCCCCGAACUGAAACCCCUGGUCCUCACCUACGUUCCUUCCAGGUGCAGUCGGAGACUUUACCCAGAGACCACAAGCUGGUCAUGACCCGAUCGGGCUCCAUGGUUGGCCAAGGUCACGGAGGAGGAGGAUGGGUGUGCGACUCAGCCACCCUUCCCAUGGCAGGACACAGGGCCACCCGCGCUAGCUUGUCACCAAAACGCAUUAGUUCCAGCCAGACUGAGACUGAAUCCAGAGGAGCAGGUGCUGCGGGAGCAGGUAAUGAAGGUGCAAAUGGAGGUGGGGGAACCACCGCGGAGGGACACCGGCCAGCUGCCAGUGCACGCAGCUUUGCCACAGCACUGCAGGGGGAGGUGUCUGGACCGAGGGACUACCCUGGCAGCCUGGGGAGAGGGGGGCUGGAGAUGGGGAGCAACUUUGUGGUGGUCAGACCAGACAGGGAGAGUGGAGCUAUAACAUUGACUGGACCGUCAUCCGUCUACCCAGAAACUGGCUUCAUCGGGGACUGGCGUGAUCGCGUGGACCUUGGGGGAUACAUUGUGGGUAGACGGGAUAUGACCCCACAACUUUUGCCCUUUCCUGGCCAGCCUCGAGGAGCGUAUGCUGGAGUGAUGGGAUUUGGAGCUGGCUGGGUACCAGGGAUGGAGGCAGCCAGAGGGGCAUCAGGGCCUGGUCCCUCUUUGGCACUAAGGGUGGGUGAGUUCCUACGUCUGCGUCUAGCACAGGUUACGUUUGACCCCUCACAGCCACCGUACGACUCGGUGCAGGUGUAUGGCCUGGAAGGCACAGGGUCCAGGGCUGGCUCCCUCAGCUCCCUGGAAAGUGAAGGAGAGAAGGAUGCAGAGAAGGAGGAUUGGGGGGAAGGGCUGGAAGAGUGGGGUCCCCAAUUCCAGAAAUUAUCUCAACUUUUCAAAGAGAAAAAGAAGGAACGAGAGGAGAAGGAUAAAGCUGAAGAUGGCACCAAGACAAAGAUAGAAAAGAAAGAAGAAGCAGUGAAUAAAGAAACGGAGGAGAGCGUUUUGGAGAGGAAGUGACUGAGGAAGGAUAAAAGUGAAACUAAUAGGGGCAAAGGGGGUAAGAAACGAAGGAAGGGAAUAGGGUGAUGAUGAAAAGGCAACCAGAGCUAGAAUAAUAUGAAGGGAAGUUAAAGGGGAGAAAGAUGAAGAGGCAAAGUAAUAAAAAGAGACAGAGAAAAAUGAGCCUGGGGAGGACGGAGAAUGUGAAAGCAGGGGAGGGAGUGAUUGAUGUAAUUUAAAGCAAUAAGUGUUGAAACGCUGAUAUGGUUGAGCACAGAUACUGAGACAAUGCAGGGGCUGCUUCUGCCCGGGGCAGCAACCAUUUGUUAAACGCUUUGGACAAAGAAAAACAACCCAAACAUCCAAGACCCAGUUUAAUUCAACUCCCGUGCACGGAAUAAGAAACAGGAGGCGAGGAGGAAGACGUUGCCUGUCACGUGUCUGCUCGUUCUCUGGGUUUGCAUGUCUGUUCUGUGCCUGGGAGGGAAUAUGAAUAUGGAUGUUCAAGCAUACAGUAGUGCACACACACACACACACACACACACACACACACACACACACACACACACACACACACACACACACACACACACACACACACACACACGUGAGUGCAUAUUAACAAAGUCUGAGGUAGAGAGGCAGAGAGACACACAACAAGAAAUAACAGGUGUGAGAGUAAAACUGGACAUCAGGCACAGUUGAGUACAUAAGGAUGAGAAGGAUGUACAGACGUAGACUGCAAUAAGAGAAAUGACUGUAUAGAAAAUGUAUAGAAAACUUUUUAUUCCAUCCAGGUAGAAAAGGGACUGACUCAGCUCUUUGAAUAACUUCAACACUGUCCAACCAGGAGCAGAAGAAAAUAUUGUGAAAACGUUGUGAGACAAUUUAGGCAUGUGACCCCCAGACCCCACAACCAGACCCGAGAUCCCAGACCCCCGACUCCAGACCCCAGACCCCAGAUCCCAGACCCUAGAACCUAGAACCAGACCCCAGAUCCCAGACCCCAGACUCCAGACCCCAGACUCCAGACUCCAGACCCCAGAUCCCAGACCCCAGACUCCAGACCCCAGAUCCCAGAUCCUGACCCCAAAGCAAAAACCCCAUGGCCAAGACCCUGACGCCAGAACACCAGCCCAAGGACCAAAUUCCAGACCUCAGGCCGCAGGCCCAGACCUUGACCCCAGGCCCCAGACCCAAGGUCCCAGAUCCCGGACCCUCCCUCUCAGCGCUACAGUAGUUUUUAGUUUAGAGACUCACAGAAAAGCUUAACACCACAAAGCUUUGAUUGUACAACAGUUCAUGCUAAAAGUAAAACAUGAUGACUUGUAUUAUUUAUACAUUUUAUGAACAUCUUUAUUUCUAUUUUUUAAGCACAACAUGCACCUUCCCCGCCUCCCACAACCUGUGUUAGGGACAAUGUAUGCAUGAUUUUUGAAAAACAACAAAUGAGCAUAAGACGGCAAUCGGUUCCCACUUUGAAAAUGUAUCUGAUUAAAGUUGCCACAGACCUGUUCCAAGAGUGAACAGCACCAGAGACGUCUCUAGUGUAGGGAGGAUGUCUUGUUGUUGCUAAAGGUCAGGAAGCAAAUGAGCUGGAGUUUUCAGCUGGAAUGCACUUUUAUACUGUGUGAUGUCCAAUAAUAGCUAAUGAACAAUGUGAAAGAUUACAGAUGUUUUAUAAGAUGUCAAUGGUUUGACUUACAAUGUUUGACUGUAUGUAAAAGCAUUUCAGAUGUAAAUACCACUGAAUAUUAUUGCUAAAAGAGAGUAUAUAAAAUGAAAAUGAGUAAAAAAACAUCCAAAUGUUCAAAUGGAGCACUGUUAGAACUAUCUGUAUGUACUGUAGAUUAGAAAUGGAUUAACUGAGCUGGACUAACAGCAAAAAAACAAGACCGUGUUUUCAGCAUCUGUGUACUAUGUGAACAGGUCCGGGUUCGUUUUGUGACAGCUCUUAUCUGAGACAGACACACCGAGGGUUCACUUACACAUGUUGGCCUGUGGCACAUGCGUGUUGUGCUAAAUAUUGGUUUCACCAAAGCCCAGCAGCUAAACUGCCCCAGUGAGGAGGCCGGUUGAUGAAAAUCCACUGGAGUGAGCAGAAAUUUCCCCAAUGGGCACACAACAGAAAUCUAGAUUAUUAUUCUGCAGAACUACAGCAACAUGUUAUUAAUCUGGAAGUGGUUUCUCUCAUUAUGUUCACAGCCUGGGUAAUACUGACUGUAAAAAUAUCUUUUAUUCAUAAUAUAAUAUACUUUCUAACGUAAACAUGGACAAUCAUCUUCUCUGUCAUCGUGGUAAAAUACGCCUGGUCUUCUGGACCAUUCUCAUGUUGCUAAUUUUGCGGAAUAAUAACUAGAAUUUAAUUGAAAAGCGGAUGUGAAUGCCUUGAGUGUGCUGUUGCAGAGUGUCAGCCUUUGUCACGAGUUCACUGUAAAAUCACCACAUACAGUACGUCAAGCUGCCAGCUUUUGCUCGUAAUCAUAACGUUGUUGAGGUGAGUCCACCAUUCAGGAGGCUGAAGAAUGAACCCAUACACGCUUCUGUUCUCUCUGCUGUACCUGAGCCACAGGCUUGUUGAUACAGUGGUGAUCGGACCAAUGUACAAAUACAGCACAACAGGUGGUGACAGCUUUGGGACGGGGGGUGCAGAACCUUGGUGGGACUGGAGCUAUAAUACAUACUACUGAUGGUUAAUACCUCAAUACAAUAAAAGCAGUAAAUGCCUCCAUUAAAUUUGUAAGUGUAGCCCAAAACCCCAACAGCGAAGGAGUUUACCUAACAUAAUUCGAUUACAGUUGUUGAUGAUGUGUCAGAGCACCAAGUAAAAAGCCCAGCUAAGAUGCACAUUAUUCGUCUCUGUCUAACCUACAGUAAGACUUGUAUGUGUCAUCAGAUUACUGUUACUCUGCCAAAUCUUCAUGUCAUCAGUUCACAAAACAUCAUUCCUGCUACUUCUCACACAUCAACAGCUCCAGCAUCGCUACAGCUGUUUGACACCCUAAGGCAUUUAUGUAUAAUGUAAUUUUAAAGAUAUUAAUUUUUACCAUCACGUUCUAUAUCACAAAAUACCAAAACAUUCAACUUGCUGUGUAAUAAAGUAACCUGACUGUUCCCAUAUUCUCUGGUUUCAAAUGAAAGACAUCUUCGUUCCAACUACAAAAACAGAACCCAAGCUGUUAGUUCCUAACAAAUCUAGAAUGACGCUGUCAACUUCUUCUGUUGGAAUAAAACGCUCAACUAUUCAGAGUGAACAUCAUGAAUAACAGUUUGCCAAAGAACUUGGAGGCAUUAUCUUAUGAGAAUAAGUAUUGUUGUAAAGACUAAUGUGUUGCUGUGCCAACGCAUCAUCUGGCAAAUAUUCCUCUUAGCAGUUUGUGAAAUGUGCCAACUCUCUCUCUGUGUCUCAGUGUGUAGUGGAAGCAAAGUUACUCCAGCUCCAUUGCAAACACAACUAGCAUGAGACACCCAUGAAUGAGCUCUCAUUGUCAUCUAUCUGCUGUGUCCUACAGCCUUGAUUGGCUGCAGGUGUUUCAGCUCUUGUGACUGGCUAAUUCUAAGUCCUGCUCUGGCUGAUUGGUCCAAAUCAAAGCAAUGAUUCGUCCUGAUGUCUUGUUGUAGUGUCCCAGACUGGACCACUCCAUGGAGCUGAUUAUCCCACCUCCUGACCCGAAUCAAAGGCGUGAUUAGUUGAUUGAGGCUUGUUUGAGGCUUUUUAAUUCUUAUGGGACCAACACAUCUCUACUAAACUAAACUAACUAACCACAGUGGUCUUGUCAGCUGGUGGAUCAUUAAACCCUGCACAGUAAUUGAGGAUGCAUUACAAUAGUAUCUUAGUACGUUAUAUGUAGCUUGGGUGUGCACAGUGAAGGUCACGACCUCUGGCCUCCUCUUGAAUCCAAACCAUCCGUCCCACUGGUUCUGCACCCCCCUUGUGACUUCAUUGCACUUGCACGAUGCUAAUUCCACUGUGUGCUGAACAAAGUCUAUUUAUUUCCGUUGUACUUUUUCUUUUUGUAAAUUUGAAUAAAAAAGCAACUAUUUCAAACAGA